AUGGUGGGCGAGAGCCCGCGGGUCGGCCCAGCAUCUCUAAACUCCAUAAGAAAAGCCGGUAAAGGUGGCACACUGAACUGCCGGGGCCUUCUUAAAGAAUGGGUUAGCAGCAGGGGCUAUGGCUUGAGGGUCAUCAAGCUCUAGCCUAGCUAAGGCCGCACACAGGACAGCACAUCUGACUAAGUGUGAUCAGAACCUCGGAAUGACUCCUCUGACCCAUCUUUAGCGUUGAAACUGAAUGGGUCCACAACACUGGUUGGCACCUCCUUCACCAUGUUGGACGUGUCAUCAUCACGGCUCACAGGAAAGAUAUCAUGUUUAAACGUAGGCUUAUUUAUGCGAAACACACACGUAUGGCCGUUGAUUAGUAGGCCAAGCUGACGACACACAGUAGUAAUACCUGGGAAAAGGGAUGCCUAGGGGAAGCAGUACGAAUAGCAGGCUAGGCUAACAGCCUUCCUAGAUGCAGUUAUCUUGACAUGGUUUGCACUGAAGUACAGUGGCCAACACACACACACACAAGUUGGUGGGCUAAGUCAGCACAAGACAAGGAAGCCUGAUUUCCUCCAAUAAAAGGGAUAGGUAGGGGAGAGUUGUCACACAGCCUUGGAGGGUGAAUUUCACACUCUGACCCACAGGUCACAGGCUGUUGGUGACAGACUGACAGUACACACAACUCACACAGAGUUUAGCUACCGGGACCUGGGAAGAUGCAAUGCGAAAAACGGGAGCAAUAUGGCUAAGCUAACUUUGCGAGAAGAAAUAAGACACAGUGCGUGGUCUGACGUAUGGUUUUAUAUGAACCACAGGGGCACGUCCUCCCACGCUCUCAUGUCACUGGCGUGACUUAGUUGUUAUUAUUACUCGACCUGCGCGGAGCACAAGGGAUAUAAUACUUACUUUCAACCGUACUGACGGUCAGAAAGGUAUGAGGUAGAACAACUACUUAAAGGUCUCAGAGCAAGUGACGUCACUGAUUGAAACACUACUAGCAUCAUUUCACAUCGGUUACAUAAGGUUGUAGGAGAAGAUAUGAACAUUUUCACAUAUCUGUGACCAAUAGCUCUCAUCAAUUUCUUCCUUGAGAUCUGUUUCCCAUUUUUCCCUCAUAGCUUCUGAGCUAUCAGGUAGAGAUUCAAUCAACCCUUGAUAGAACUUGGCAAUCAACUUCUUUGGCGUUGCAUUUUCUUUCAGUAUUUUUUCAAUGUUACAUGCUUUAGGUUCAUCCAGAUUCUCUUGAAGCGAUUUAAUACGAUUUCUUAGUUGUAAGAACUUAAAGAAAUUGGUCUUGGAUAAACCACAUUUUUCUUGUAACUGAUUGAAUGACAGAGCCAUUAUAGUACAUAUGCUCAACAUUCAUGAUGCCACUUUGGAACAUGGGCCCGGUUGCAUAAAACAUAUUAUGUUAAUUUCCCUCUUAUCUUUUGCCUUAAAAUUUCCAUAACUUUGAGUGAGUUGCACAACAUUUUUUAAGGCGAAUUCCCCCCUUAAAUAUGGAAGGUGCACAAUCCAUGGCUACAAAGCAAGCUAGCUGAUUAGCUAGCUACCUACUCUGUAAGAUAGCUUGACGUGCUAGAAAGUAAUAGAAACAAGUUGAGAGAAUUGAGAGAACUAAAAUAAAAUGUGUUUUAUUAUCUGGGUUUAGAAACUCUGUGGUGUAACGCCUCACCCAGCAGACUGUCGACCAAUCGCGUUCAUGUGGUCAUGCUGCAGCACGCGGUUGCUAAAAUAAUCGUCACACAAUCCCUUCUUUCAAAGGGUGCGUUCGUAAAUUCACUCUGGCUAUCUACUCCGAUUUCAGAGCGCUCUCCUCCGCAGAAUAACUGAUUAAUUUACAAACGCUCAACACCCGUUAAAUAUAGCCGGCAAAAAAGCUUAAUUAAAUUGUUGCCAGCAUCACAGUUAGUCACCAACACUCUGGAUAACAUGAAAACAGCUCUGCUAGGGCGAGUAAAAUGGUCAGAGUGAGGUGUUCCUUCAUUUUUGUCUGGAAGUAGCUAGCAAGCUAGCCAACGUUAGCCUGUUAGCUUGGGCGCUUGACUGCCGUUGUGAGGUCUGAACGCUCGGAUCAACCCUACUCCUCAGCCAGAGCGUCCAGUGUGCGCUCUGAACACUCCGAUAGCCGAAACGCUCUGAAUUUACGAACGGACAAUCUGACAAUGUUCUGAAUUUACGAACGCCCAGAACGCGUUCGUAAAUUUAUGAACACACCCAGUCAGGGCACGAUCACAGAGUUUCUAAAAACAGAGACGCAACAUCGCAAGACUUCUGUGAACGCUUGCGAAGCAGACCAGGCCGGGGUUUGAGAAGUCAAGGAGAGAAGUGAAAGAUUAUUCCUUAGUUGUUAAUUUUCUCGAAAUCUAAAGGCACAACCUAGAUUCGAGCCAAUAUCUUAAGUAUUUGAACAUGCUAUUACUCCAACCUCGUGAAAGUGACAAACUGCUAAGUUUUUAUUUUCUUCCAAAACGACUUUAUAUCGAAGUAGUGCCUUUGAUUUGACGGCCUGCAUAUGCGCAGUUCGGCGCGAGACGACCGUUAGACCCGAUGACGUGUUACUGCGCAUGAGCUUAGCUAGCCAACGUAGCCAUGACAUGGCCUACAAGCGUGAUCGGGGAGUUCUAUUGGAGAAUCAGUUUCUACCCAUCUUCAUACUGUACUGUCUUUGGUAUGACUGUGCUUUCAAAACAACCUGGAACUCGGAAAAAAAUUCGUGAAAACAUGAAGUCAGUGAUCUUUAGGUCGGAGCUCUAGAAACAUGCCCUAGUUUCCGACCUGGAAUUCCGAGUUGGAUGACCGUUCAAAACGAUUUUUACCAGUCGAAGCUCGUUUUUUUCCGAAUUCCCAAUUGUUUUGAACGCUGCAUUAGUUGAGAAACCUCCUAUUUUCCUCGAAAGUACGUAAUGUAAUGAUUCCAAACCUACACGAUAUUACAGAGAACAAGUUAAUUAUCUCACGUCCCGGAAAAUAUUUGUACUGUUGUACUUCUUGUUGACGAAAUUCAUGCUAAUGUUUCUCUUUUAUUGCUAGCGCCAAAUUGACUCCCCUUGUCGCAGAAUCGCCCAAAAUGCACCGCGCGUCCCAUUGACAACGCAUGUGCAAAGUACACAAUGGGCGAUUUUAUGAUUCUAAUGGAGUUUCCCAUCUCCUCAAAAGUAUCUCUGGCCCGAUCGGGGAUUUCUAUUGGAGAAGCAGUUUCUAGACAUCUUCAUACUUAAACAUCUUUGAGGCUACUCUCCGUUAGUUCUGGUCUGUGGACGCGAGUAGUGUUCUGGGACUGUACGAGGGGCCUUCAAAAGGAAUUUUAAAUCAUGUCUGAAGUAUGUAUCGAAUUUGUAUUGUUUUGGUUAUUAUAUUGUAGUUACCAUAAUCAAUCAUAACAUGCAUAGUUAUAUUAUUAUGUUGAUUUUCAGGUUCAAGUGCAUGUUCGCUAACGUGUCAAAACUGUAAGUCGCUCUGGAUAAGAGCGUCUGCUAAAUGACUAAAAUGUAAAAUGUAAUGUGUCAAGUUGGCCUUGUCAGCUAACGCCAGGUUAAAGUUACCGUUAGCUACUGUUAACGUUAUUGUGUUUAGCUAUGUAACUAAUUAGCUAGAACAAAGGAGUAUUAUUGUUUUAGCCAACCAGCUUUGAAUUUAGCAUAACUCAUUCUAAGGAGUUGGCACUUGACUUGGCACCACUAGUUAUCCCUGUCAGUCUUGUAUCAAGUUUAAAUUAAACUGGUCUAACUUGGUUAUUGCCUUAACGGAGUCAUUCCCAUGCCCCCACCCAAUGAAACGACCCCAUUUAAUUUGUUUGCCAGCUCAAUAUCUGAUUUCAUUCCCAAACCAGAGGAUUGGGUUUGGCACAACUGUCAUCCUGCUUUAAGGGUGUGGUGCGGCUUUCGACAUAGCCCAAGGCGCUGAUUGUGUGUGGACUUCAAACUGUGUGUGGACUUCAAACACUCUCCUGGGUUGUAUAUCAUUGCUUGCGUAUAUAUUAUCCUGGGGAGAAGAAACAUGUUAAAGUUAUUAUAGCUAACGUUGACUAGCGUUUAACUUGUUGUUUGGAGUUAUAGCAUGAAGGAAGAAGUGUUGGCGUUUUGCCCAAUUCUUUCAUCAUAACAGGAUCACUCUAGGGCAAGAAGCGCCCUGAACGAAGGUUUUGAGGCCAGUUUCUAUGUUCUUCCAUUCUGGUCUAAAGUUGCUCACAAUAUAAUGUCAUCAUGACUUUGAUGCGGUUUUACUGCCUGUAGGCAAAUAAAAUGGAUCUAGAUGAGAUCAAGGUUCAAUUUACGCCAGCACUGACUCUUUCUCAAUUGCUCCAGCGAUUAUCUAGCUCAGGGAUGGGCAACUGGCGGCCCACAUGAAAUAACUGAUCUCUGAAAUUGUUCAUACCCACAAAAUUGCACACAUUUGUUUACAUCCCUGUUAGUGAGCAUUUCUCCUUUGCCAAGCUAGUCCAGCCACCUGACAGGUGUGGCAUAUCAAGAAGCUGAUUAAACAGCAUGAUCAUUACACAGGUGCACCUUCUUCUGGGGACAAUAAAAGGCCACUCUAAAAUGUGCAGUUUUGUCACACAACACAAUGCCACAGAUGUCUCAAGUUUUGAGGGAGUGUACAAUUGGCAUGCUCACUGCAGGAAUGUCCACCAGAGCUGUUGCCAGAUAAUUUAAUGUUCAUUUCUCUACCAUAAGCUGCCUCCAAUGUCGUUUUAGAGAAUUUGGCAGUACGUCCAACUGGCCUCACAACUUCAGACACGUGUAACCACGCCAUCCCAGGAUCUCCACAUCCGGCUUUUUCAGCUGUGGGAUGGUCUGAGACGAGCCACUCAGACAGCUGAUAAAACUGUGGGUUUGCACAAACAAAUAAUUUCUGCACAAACUGUCAGAAACGGUCUCAGGGAAGCUCAUCUGCGUGGUCGUUGUCCUCACCAGGGUCUUGACCUGACUGCAUUUCGGCGUCAUAACCGACUUCAGUGGGCAAAUACUCACCUUUGAUGGCCGCUGGAGAAGUGUGCUCUUCACGGUUGAAAAGUUUGCAACGUUGUGAACAGAGUGCCCAAUGGUGGUGGUGGGGUUAUAGUAUAGGCAGGAAUAAGCUACGGACAACGAACACAAUUGCAUUUUAUCAAUGGCAAUUUGAAUGCGCAGAGAUACCAUGACUAGAUCCUAAGGCCCAUUGUCGUGCAAUUCAUCUGCCGCAAUCACCUCAUGUUUCAGCAUGAUAAUGCACGGCCCCAUGUCGCAAGGAUCUGUACACAAUUCCUGGAAGCUGAAAAGGACCUAGUUCUUCCAUGGCCUGCAUACUCACCAGACAUGUCACCCAUUGAGCAUGUUUGGUAUGCUCUGGGUCGACGUGUACGACAGCGUGUUCCAGUUCUAGCCAAUAUCCAGUAACUUCACACAGCCAUUGAAGAGGAGUGGGACAACAAUUCCACAGACCACAAUCAAGUCUGAUCAACUCUAUGCGAAGCAGAUGUGUCGCGCUGCAUGAGACAAAUGGUGUUCACACCAGAUACUGACUGGUUUUCUGAUCCACGCCCCUACCUUUUUUUAAAGGUAUCUGUGACCAACUGAUGCAUAUCUGUAUUCCCAGUCAUGUGAAAUCCAUAGAUUAGGGCCUAAUGAAUUCAUUUCAAUUGACUGAUUUCCUUAUAUGAACUGUAACUCAGUAAAAUCUUUGAAAUUGUUGCGUUUAUAUUUGUUCAGUGUAGAAUACACAAGGUGCAAUUUCGAAAUUUGGUUGUGAUCAGCAGUUUUUGUCUUAUUAUGAUAGUCACUCAAUUGGCCCAUGUCAGCUACAUUUUUUUAGAUUGCUGAAUGAGUUUAGUCGCCAGCUAUCAUGGUCGAAUUACCGACUGCGGGCCCCCAUUGAUUUUGUUAGUCAGUCUCACUAAGAUAUCUUAUUAAAAACUGCAAACCUUUCUCUCCACCCUAUGGCAAAUGUGUAGAAUUGCAGGACAUUUUUUAUAAAAUUGCAAAAUCUUCUCUCCAUCCCAUGGCAAAAUGUUAAGAUUUGCAGCAAACAUAGGGUGUGUCAAUUUAUGGGAAAAUACACGUUUAAAAAUUUCGACCAAUCGAAACAGAUGACUCUUGGUCGUCUUUUUUUUUGUCGGGGGACAGCCCUAAUAGAAUUGCACGAAAUUAACUCUAAAAUGUAAAACAUUUCUCUCCACUAAAAUGUUUUUUUGCUCGCAAUGGGGGGGGGGGGGGGGGUAUGGAUGUGGGUAUGCAGACCCGUGAGCAACUGCAGACCCUCAUGAUGAGUUCAGAUUUUUUGUGGCCUCACCCCCAAGUUGCUUAUCCCUGAUCUAGCUUAACCCUUUUGAGACAUAGAUCUGCUCAUUCUACUUACUGUAAGGUUGCUGCCAUUUUCUAAUGACACUGUACAGGAACCUGUCCAUCAUAUCUAACUGAUUUCACUUGGGAGCAGCAAUUUUCAUGUGCAGGCAUUUCUAUCUCUAUGUUUAGCUGACUUUAACCGCAUAUUUUGCUUCUGCCCGACCCAGGCGGACUUUGAUAAGGCUGCAGAGGAGGUGAAGCAGCUGAAGGCUAAGCCAGCAGAUGGAGAGAUGCUCAGGGUCUACGCUCUGUUCAAACAGGCCAAAGUGGGCGACGUCAACACCGGUAAGCCAGUCGGCAUCCUUCCAGUGCUUUGUGAUACCCCUCAAUUCUAGAAGUCUCAUUGUAUUGAUUAUAGUCUGUUGAUCGUGUGUGUUUUUCUUUGUUCCUGAAGCUCGUCCUGGGAUGCUGGAUUUCACUGGGAAAGCCAAGUGGGACGCCUGGGAGAAAGAGAAAGGUGUGUUUCCUGUAGUCCUUCCUCAUUUAGCCUGUAGAGGGCACUGCUCUUCACCUAUAUUAGGGGAUCAGUUUUAUACAGCUGUGGAUCCCCUCAGCUCAAUGCAUUUACGCUGUCAUAAAGUAUACUGGUAGAGCCAGACAGUUCUUAAACAGUAACUCAUUAUUAAUAUGUCAACUAAAUGUGUUUUCCUUUUCUUACUUGACUCCCAUAGGAAAGAGCAAAGAGGAUGCCAGGAAGGAGUACAUUGCCUUGGUAGAGGAGCUGAAAGGGAAGUACGGAGUCUAA